AUGUCACUCGUAUCUCUCGGUGAACAAAUUACCAUUUACGGUGGUUGUAUUCUAAUUGUAUUUGGAGUUCUUGGUGAAAUAUUCAAUGUUAUCGUUCUUCUUAGUUUGAAAACAUUUCGACAAUGUCCAUCAGGAUUCUAUUUAACAUUGAUGUCCUUCGUCAAUAUUGGCCAAUUAUUAUUCGGAUUGCUAUCACGUGUUAUUAUUUUUGGUUUUGAAGUUGAUUGGAAUGCGACAUCAAUAGUGUUUUGUAAAUUUCGAUUAGCUUUUUUUCUUUUAUGUGCAUUGGUAUCCUAUACUUGUUUAUGUUUGGCAAUCAUCGAUCAAUAUUUGGCAACGUCAACUCGACCACAUUGGCAACAAUGGUGUAACAACAAAAUAGCUUAUCGCUUAGUUUUACUAUUUACAUUCAUUUGGAUAGGACAUCUUAUUCCAUAUCCAAUUAUGUUACAACAUGUCAUCUCAUCUACAACAAAUAAAGUGACUUGUACUUCAACAAAUCCAAGUAUGGUCAUCUAUCGAAGUUAUUAUAUUGGUCUUUUUCUGACAGGUUAUUUACCUGAUAUAAUUACAUUGGUAUUUGGUAUUCUAGCUUAUCGUAAUAUUCGACAGAUUGGAUAUCGAACAAUUCCUCUUGUUCGUCGAGAAUUGGAUAAACAGUUGACAGUGAUGGUUUUUGCUCAAGUUAUCAUUAAUUUUCUAACAAAUGUUCCAUUUUCUACUCUAUUUGCGAUUACCUUUGUAACAGCCAACUGGAAAGAUACAUUCGCUUUGACUGUCAUACAAUUUACUUACAAUGUUUCAAUUAUUAUAUUCUAUACAUAUUUUUCAAGUUCAUUUUAUAUUUAUAUGUGCGUAUCUGAACGAUUUCGUCGACAAUUUAUUCAUGUUAUCUAUCAAAUAUAUUCUCAAAGAUGGCGACAAAAACUUAAACCAAAUAAUCAAAUUGCUCCGUAUUGA